AUGAGGAAGGAUAAGACUAAGGAGCUUGAGUUCACUGAGGAGCAAUUGGAUCGACAGAUGUUGUCUGCCAGUGAUACCUUGGACUACAUCAAGACAGAGGCUGUUCCAUUCAUACAGAUGGUCAUGGAGGAUUUCAUUAAGAAUGAUGAGAUCCAGAUAGAAGGGAAAAGAAUCGUUGCUUGCUUUGGAUACCACUCCCCUAGAAGUAUUUUGGGCACUCCUAAGAAGACACAGUCCAUGCCAAGGCCGAGGAAAGCUAAAGCGGAUGUAGGCCCUUCCAAGGAAUACAUGCAAGCACGAAGAGUCACAUUUUCCAAUGUAUUGGAUGUGAAUGCCAUCGAGAUCGUAGAGCUAGAGGACGACGGAAGCCAGGCGAAUCGCAGAAGACACUCUUUUUGCGUAGGAGAUAUCAAGAAGGUCCAACAAAGACUAGAAGACGACGAGAUGGGUAAGGCUGUCUCCCGAGCUGUGGACGAUUCCAACAUCAAGUACCAGUGUCCAAUCCCAUCUGCUCCCUACGAAGACAACGAUGUGGAGUCGAGUCAAUGGAAAGUGCCGAUGAUCAAGGUUAAUGAGUGGAGAACUGUCGAAGAAGACGAUCAUGGUUACGAAAGAGUUGUCAAUAUUGAUCAUGAUACUGAUGGAGUUGAGGCAGUCAGUCCUCCCAAACCUGAGAGGGGAAAUUUGGAGGAAGAUACCGAUGAAGAUGAUGAUGAUGAAGACACCAAUGCUUAUGAGAAAGUGGAGACGGUAGAUGAACAAAUGCAAAAGGAUGCCAAUGAGAAUGACUAUACAGAAUUAGAAGCCCUGAUGGCUCAACUUGCGGAGAUAGCCGGGCAUGAGAAUGCUGCUGAUUUAAAAGCAUCAGAAGCGAAGGAUUAUGAUCUGGUUUUUGAUGGGGCCGAAGAGUCCGAUGUAGAUGGCUACGAGGUGCCUAUGACCGAGGAGGAGGUUUUAAAAAGCCGAAGCAGUAGCAUGGAGUAUCUUGUGCACUCCAUGGAGGAGGACGAUUUUGGGGUUUCUCUUGCAAUUUUGUUUGGUGAAUUAGGGGAGGAUGAUGAUGGGUAUGAAAAAAUUGAAAUUGGAGCUCAGGAGGCUUGUCCAUCAGUUGCUGAGGUAGAUAUUGAAGAUGAGAGUGUAGAAAAUAAAGUGGAAGCAACAGAACAAAGGAUUUCUAAAGAAGAUGAGGAGGAAACCAUGGAUGAUGAUAUCAGCCGUUUCUCAGAAUAUUCAGAGAUAGACAUUGUUGAAGCUCUGGUAAAGUCUGGGCUCAUGAACGCUCACAAAGACGAAAGCAAUUCAGGUCAGAUGUCUUCCAGCGUUGAUUCAAAUGAAAGUAGAGUGUCUCAAACUGUAAAAUGUGAAGUUGAGAUGCCACAUACAAACUCAGGUGAAACUAAGGAGCUGGCUUCCAUGGAGAGUUGUGAGGAAUCGGUCUUUAGUGAUGAAUCAACAUGUAUGCUUAGGACAGAAGAUGAUAUCAAAGUAGACAUGGAACAAAAUGGAAAUAAUAAAGAAAGUUGUGAGAUGGAGACCAGUGAAUCAGACAUUAGCAAUGCUGAUGAUACUGUUAAUAAUGUCAAUGAGAAUGAAGAGGUUAAACCAAAGGAAAAGAAGGAUGAUGGUGAUGGAAAGAGUGGAGUCACCACCCGGUCUUUCAAAAAGUCCAUGAACAGCACGUAUCAAUCUAUAACGGCAAACCUGCUUCGUAAGAAACGGUCUGCUAAUGAGAAGCGUCAAGGAAGUGUUUUUGGUGAGGAUAUGAGGAUUGAAAAUGUGAACUUUCGUGGUGACUCUUUGGAUUCUGAUGAUGGCUACCAGGAUAGUGGGGACUUCAAGGAAACCACUUGCAGCGAUGUCAACAACUCUUUUGGGUUUCCAGCACCAGCAGCUGAAGAUGGACAGUCUGUGGAUUUGGAGUAUGCCAGUGACUCUAGCACAGGUCAGAAUGGUCUCUGUGACGACCCAGUCUAUGACAAUGUUUGCAUGGAUGAUGAUGACAAUCUGGAUAGGAAUGUAUUCAAUAGUAGUCCAGUCAGUUCAGUCAGUGCCACAUUUACAGAGGGUAGUGAAGAUGCUGUUCAAGAGGACAAACAGGAAACAAAAUCAAUGGGUUCCCUCGAGAACAUCUGUAGUCUUGGCGAACUCAGAGUGCGAAAUGUCAUCUCUAAAAGCAUACACUGCCUCCCUAGCGGGGACAGGCAACUGAUGAAAGAAGCAGAGGAAGAUUUAGACACACCACCUAAGCCGCGCAGAACGUGGUACUACCGUUCAAGUGCAGAUGUCCGCAAGAGCCUUAUCCGUAGCUUUGGCUUGGAUGCAGAUGGAAUCAUGCGCAACCCUACCUAUGCGCAGGUUUCCAAACCGAACACUCGUGUCAUUCAUGGAAGUCUUCCUGGACGUUCCAAUCACGGUUCUGGUCACAGGGCAAUGAAGCGUAUCCCUUUGACUCUGAGCAGACAUAGUAAGAUGAUCUACAAGGAGAGGUUUUCUUCGAAGUCCUCUAAGCUUGGGAGGAACACCUCCCAUGAUUCAGGAGUCUUGACUGGAGAUGAAGAUUCCAGAUCAACAAUCAGGGAUAAUGAGAUCUACAGCCAGUCACAUCUCUAUGAGGAGGUUGCUACGGUAACCAGAGACGGGGAUCGGUCUGGAGCGAAAUCAGAAGUCAGGAAGACUCUCACUAUGGAUGAAGAUACUACUGAGACUACCUAUGAGGUUUGUACACAUUGGGUGAAUGACCAGACGUCUGAGGCCAUUGGUAUCUUUGACCGCUUGACCAAAAAGCUUGUCUCCCCGUACUCCAUCAUUCCUAUGGUGAGGGAGGUUGAAGGAAUCCGAAGGAAGAGCCUUGGUAAUGCCAUCGAACAGGAGGAGGAAAACAUUGACUUCCCAGCCUGGACUAGUAUUCUCAAUGUCCUAGCGGCAGAUGAGUAAGUACAUUUCUAUUUUUGCUCCUUCUCAAUUUUCUUUAUAACUCGAUUCAUAGAUCAUAUAAUUAACAUUAAGAAAACAAAACCGUGAUUUCGCACAAUUUUACAGAUAAGUAUUCAGACACAUGACUUAUUGUGUUGGUCGUGUCAUUAAACUUCGAUCAAUCCUCCUUUCCUCUUCAUCUCCUUUUUUCUCCUUCAUCAUUUUCUUCUCCUUGUCCUCUUUCUUCUUCUCCAUCUUACUCCAUUCUUCUUUUCCUCCCCCUCUUCUCAUCCUCCUUAAUUAGUGGUUUUGACUCGUGCUUUGUAAUGAAUAAUAGAGGCAUGUGUUCAAAACCCAUGUUUUCACAUUUUCACUAUCCACCUAUGGGUUAAAUGUGUACCUGAUGGGGUGAAUGCCAUGUUGUUGGCUUAACAAAUUCAUUGUCACUUAAGCAUCUUUAAGAAUCUUUGUGAAACAUUCCUUUAAGAGUAUAUAUUCAUGUUUCUUGCAUGCAAUUUCCAUAUUUCCAUCUUUUAUUAAUGGAGCUUUUGUAAAAUUGGUCUUCAGAAAUUACAUGACAUAAAGGCAGACAAGGUUCACCAAUCGAACAGGGAUGUGCUUCAUUACCUUGUACUAGCUGCUUUGCUUUUCAUUAGUUUAAAACUGGGGCCCGUUGCAGAAAGAGUUUCGAUUAAACGCAACUCAAAAAAUCUUGCGCAACUCGAUUUUCAGCCGAUGACACACCCAUAUUCGGGAAUUGCGCUUGAUAUUUUGACUUGCAUUUAGACGCAACUCUUUCUGCAACAGGCCCCAGAUGAACAAAAAGAUAUUUUAGUUGAUAAAUGUCUGAUUUCUAAAGCACUGCGUUAUUCACGGCUUAGAAGUUAAAACAUCCUAGAGACUCCACAUUGUCUGAACCAAGUUGAUUCAUGCGUGUAUCUUGCUAGUGUCAUCUGAAGGAUAGCGACAAGAGAGGAAAUUGCUUCUUUCUUGCGUCUGUUCAUGAUACAACAAAGCAUUCAUGUUUCAAAUCCUGUGAAAGUCUUACAUGAAUAAUGCAAAUUAUUUUAAGAUCUCUACACAAUCGUUGUUACUUAAAAUUGAGUGACUGCAUGGGUGGGUGAAAGAUUAUAGAGAGAGAGAAAAGGGUGUUAAUGGGUAAGUUCACCAUGACAAAAAAGUUAAUUGUAAAAGUAGUAGAAAAAAUCAUUGAAAACAUGGGUGAAGGUUUGAGAAAAAUACCAUCAAAGAUUUAAAAUUAUAAGAAUUUUGAUUUUUUAUUUGUGACAUAAUGUGCGAGCAGCUUCCCAUGUAUAGUGAAUAAAAAAUGGGUUUUAUCAAAAACUUUAAAUUCAAAUAACUUUCCUAAUUUUAAAAGGAUUUUUCUCAAACCUUCACCAGUAUUUUUUAUUACUUUUUCUGGUAUUUUAAGAACAAACUUUGCAUCAGGGCGAACUUCCCCUUUAAUACUCCCCUGUCCCCCCCCCCUUUACAAGAGAGGCAAAGAAAGAGGAAAGAGACACAGGGAAUUAUAUUGCCCCCCCCCCUCCUUUCUCCUUUUCAGCAAUAAUUAGUCUCAUUUCUGACCACUAUAAAAGCUGAAUCUUGUGUAAGCAAUUGUUGUUUGCAUGUUACAAAACAAUACAUUUUGGUAUGAAAAAUAAACAUGAAGUAUAGAGAUAAAAGGUGAUGAAAGGGAUUUGAUUUUAAAAAAAAAAGGCUUUUAUAAUGUAGAAUAUAUUGUUUGUGACCUUGCUACUUUGGAAAAAUCUGUUCCGACAUAUUUCAAAGGGGAAACGAGUUUGCCAAAGUUAUAACAGAUUCUCUCAAAAGGGAAGGAUGACAAAAGAGGUCUCAGGUGACUAGCUGAUCACUUGAUGGGCAGAUACAUGUACCCUUGGCAACAACAUUGUGAAUGCUUAAAGGGGGGAGGGUGAAAGGUGAACAGUACAGGGAUUGCUAAAUUAUUUUUGAGAUUUGAAGCAAUUCACAAUGUUUGAAUCAUACUAACAAAAAAUUACAAAAAUUAAGUUCAUGGGGGGGGGGGUAAUACCAACUGAUGGUCUGCUUAGAGGGAAAAGCUAUCCCAUUCUCCAACCACUACAUCAGUAGAUAGCAAUACCCCCUUUAACCUUUGUAUAUUUAGAUGCUGUUUACGAUCAGCCGCCGCAUAUUGAUCAGAGCAAUGUGAUAUAUUCAUUGUGGUUGUUCAGAGAUAAGUUAGUAAUUGCACUUCCUGUGAAGAUAGUGUAGAAGAUCCGUCUGGGUUAUGGAGUACGUUCACCCCACUACUGUACAUGGAACUUUGAGACUCUGAAUGAGCAAUCCUUACAUAAUACAAUACAGAUAGUUUUGUUGUUAUAUUUCAUGAGAUGUCAGAGUAAUGUAGAUAAGUUCAAAAGUUUCCAUUCAAUACUUUUAUAUCCACUCUUGAGUGAAUUUGGUGUCCAGUGUUUAUGUACCUUCUUACUUCAAUUCUAUUUCAUUCUUGCUUCAUAUUUUUCCUUCAUGUUUAUGCAUUAUAAGGGCAUAAUAAUAAUAAUAACUGGAUUUAUAAAGCGCUUUUGACCUGAGUAUAAAAAGCACUGCUAUUAGAACCCCGGCUUUAGCUCAAGCUACCAUCACCAGCGCUCAGUGCAUUCAAGGAAAUAAUCCUUCCGGGUACCCAUUCACCUCACCUAGGUCGAGUGCAGUACAGUGUGGAUAAAUUUCUUGCUGAAGGAAAACAUGCAAUGGCUAGGAUUCGAAACCGAGACCCUCUGUUUGAAAGGCGAGAGUCAGAACCUCUAGACCACAACACGCAUCAAAGCCAUGCUAUGUGCUAUGUGUAAUGCACUAUAAAAAAAUCAAGUAUUAUCAUUAGAAAUUUGACGGACUAUGUUAAGAUUUUAAUCAAUUUUAGGUUAUUCCUAUACUUAGCAUGCAUGUGAAGAUAUCAAUAGGCUACAUUGUUGUUAGUAUGCAUGACUCAGACCUGCCAACCAGUACGUUUUAGCCGCAUUUAGUACGUUUUCGCAACCAAAAUACGGCAGUACGUUUUUUCUUUGAAAAAUACGUUUUUUGUAAAAAAAAAAUAAUAAUAAUGAUAAUGAUAAUUUUUUUUUUUUUUUUACUAAAUCGUAAUUUAUUGAAAAAAAUAAUCUGUUUAUGUCUCUAUUUCAUAAAACGUGCACAAAUAUGGCUAUUAGAUCAAUGUAAUUUCAGGUAACUUGUUUUUUUUUUCAAUCAUUUUGUUCAAACCAGCGUGAAGAUAUACACAUGUUUUAAUGGUUUUUUUUUCAUCUGCAAGAGCAGUGCGCAUUUUAGCUUGCAUGCAGCUUGAGCGCCGCGAUGAGCGAGUGCGCCAAGCAUUUUAUUAUGAAAUACACUUUUUUGGGGAAAAAUACAGUUUUUUUUAUCACAGAAUACAGUUUUUCAUUCCCAGAGGUUGGCAGGUCUG